GAGGCUUCAUCCAAGACUGCAGCAACCUCCAGACCCAAGCACAAGUAGCCAUUCAGCCUUCAGCAUCAUCCACCUGGAGAGUCCCCGCGCCAGACUCUUUGCAGGUCUUCAGUCAUGAUGUCGUUGAGAUGGCCAGCGCCAAUACUGUUGGCUUCACUGAUCUGUCUUUACGGGAUGCCUUCCUGUGCCUCAUCACAGUAUCACAUCGCUGACGACCCCAACCAUCACAUCAUCAAGAGAGACUUACCUCCUAACAGUCGAGCCCAAACUGAUAAAAUCCUAAGUGUUGCAACAACCUCUCUGUCUCUAUUUAAUGAGGUGAUGGGCAAGAUUGACACAGAGAAAGUGACAGGUAUUAUGAAGGGCCUUGCCAGUUUUGCCAGCCUGGCACCCGGUAUUGGAUCCGUGAUCUCCUCUGUCAUCGGCACAGUCUUGGUUUUUAUCCCUCAAGAGGAUAAGGUGCUGAAUGAGAUGAAGAAAGGGUUUGAGGAAGUGAACUGGAAGCUUAGCUCUAUCUCGAUGCAGAUUUCUGAUCUUGAAAAAGAUUUGAAAUACUACAACUACGCCACUGCCCUACUUAGACACGAGGAAAAUAUCAUUAGUGCCUGGAAAAAGUUUGACGAUUUCUUUAUGAAGCAUGUAUUUGACAACGACAAUGACAAGUUGGACAAACUCUUUAUCGAGUUCUAUCAGAACACACAUAUUGAGAACAGUGUACGCAGCCUUUACCGUUCCCUAACAGUUCCAGUCGGGCAGACGUCUCUCGCCAGCAACUUCAACGAACUGUUGAAAGAGAAGUUUAAAUGUGACAUUAGAAAGAUAGGAAAAUAUCACUUACAUUUAAGCACUUUGCUGUUUAAGGGGAUGGUACUUCAGCAGUUUUACAAUAGAAAGAGAGGUCUUAACGCACUUGAUAUAGAAACUAGUCUUGCCCAGCAGUUCAAGACUGUCUUUGAGGCUCAAAAGGCCACUUUGGAAUACUGCGAGAAUAACUAUGAAAAAUACCUUAGGGAUGACGUGGAGCAGAUUGCUAGAGAACUCCAUCCUGAUGAGAAGAAAGCAAUAGCUGAAAAUGUGAAAAAGCAUCUGGAUGGGAAGUAUAGUUGGUAUAAUUGGGUGGUGUUUGUAUGCACCAAAGAUGACUUAAAAAAGAAAAAUGUAAUUCUGUUUGAAAAUCCGAUUGAAAUCACAAUAGACAAUAUCAUAGUAGCUGUAUUCUACACUCUGAAAGCAGAGAUAACGAAUAAAAAUGAAAUUACAUUCAUAGUCGAUAAAUGCUUUCAAAGCCAUCGUAAUUGUGAACUUCAAUGCAGGCAUAGCUUGGUUCCUGAUGACGUUUGGAUUCCUGAAGGUUGGAAUGUCUGGCCUACUCAUAUAACCCUGGCAGAUUAUGCCAAAGUAACAUAUGCCACAUAUUAUGAUUAUAAUUUUGAAGAAUACCCAAAACCAGAUUACCAAAAGAAGUGUUAUUAUGAUAGAUAUCAGUAUACAAUUUCUGUGUAUUACUCUCGUAAGCUGCCAGUUGGCUGUAACAAAUGUUCUAACAAAGGACAGUGCAUGAGGGUGCUGAACUCCAACGAAUGGCGUUGUGACUGUCAAGAUGGCUAUUAUGGAGACACAUGUGAAAACAAAAUCGAUACAACAGUGACCAAGAACAUUAAUAAAUUGUUAACACCAUUACAGGCCAAUUAGCGACUUACAGCAAUAUCAUAACAUUUCAGCUAUUAACAUUUAAACAUUUAACAUUUAAGAUAGCUACAGCAAUAGAACAUCUAAGCUAUUAACAUCUAAGCCUUUUAACAGAACUAGCAACAGCAGUGUAACAUUUAAAAGUAAUAGCGCUGAGGAGACUUGCUAGAAAUCACCACAGCAUCUGUCAAUGCUAGUACUUUAGGAUAGAAGUCUUUUUUCCCUUUCCUUCACUCUCUGGACGAUGUAACAAUGCAAAUUUCUCCUUUGGGAGACAAUUAAAGGAUUAUCUGACCUUAGAUAGCCUACAACUUUUUUUGUCAUUGCAGAGUACAAGUAGGUCUACAAAGACAGUGAAAUGCAGUUUGUGUCUAACCAGAAGUGCAGAAAGUGUAAUGUGAUACACAAAUAGACAGUAUUGGUUUAGAGUAAUGUAAAUUAAAUAUAAAUAUGUGCAGUGUAUUAAAAGAGCAGAAUAAAUAUGGCUAUGCAAUAUGAACAAUUUGAACAACAUGCACAGAUACUGUAUGUCCCACCUUGUGAUCUCCUGAUGCAUUUUUUUUGUUGAUAUCACAUAACAUAUCUAAAAUAAUUGAAAAUGAAUAAAAUU